AUGCCAAGCAAUUUUUCGUCCAGAGCUCCUUGGAAACGAUCAGCAUGUGAUCGCUGUCGUGCACAGAAGCUACGCUGCAUUCGUGAUGAAGACCAACCUACAGAUGCAUGCAUGAGAUGUGUCAAGUCCGGGGCGAAGUGUGUUACUAGCAUGGCCCGCCCAACGGGUCGUCCGCCCUCCCGUCAACCACCGGUCGAUCAAACAUCACAAACAAGCAAUUCAUCUCCCGAUGAUAGUGGGGUGGAUAUGGGAAUGAUUGGACUGGAUUAUGAUAUCUCGUUGGAUAAUUUCUUCAGCAGCAUUGGCAUGCAACAUUCCGAUGUCAUGAUGGACGAGGAGAUAUUCAUGGAUAAUGAUACUUUGCCUCAAUCACCACAUCAACAUGGAGUUCCCCAUACACACAUUCCAUGUGAGAGCGGAAUUGAGUUUAGUUCUUCUCAGUCAGAGUUUCCGGCUCAGCAUCAUACUCUCGAUGCUAUGCCACACCAGCAACCGGCAGAGCCAGCUGCGACGAUCAGGACCGACGAUGCAGAGCUCCUCCUGUCCAAACUAGAUUUGGAUCUCUCUUCUCAACUGUUUUCCAUCAAAUCGGUACCUUGGGACGUCAAAGAUAUUCUACAACUCACUUUCUCGCACACCGGGAAUGAGAAAGACCCAGUUAAUCCUCAAUCCCAUCCUGUUCUCCAACUAUCCAACGCGGCCACCGAGCUUGGAAGACUCUUAAAAAGCUUGCUCCCAAACCAAACUCCCGAAAAUCACCUCUCCUCACAACAAUACUCUCCGACUUUUCUGCCCCGUCGUCUCCGCACUACGCAGCUCCUAGUGGCGCUGUCCUGCUACAUUCACAUUGUCUCUAUUUACGACAUUAUCUUCACUAAAGUUUAUGACUACUUGACGAACAACUCCGACCCAUCAACAGCGGCUCUUCCCUCGGCAGAGCCAACUCUAUACCUUGGAAGCCUACCAAUUCCUCCAAAUCAGAUGCUACCUGGCAUAUUGCUAGUCCAUCUGGCUGAAAAUCAACUUCAUCAAAUCGAGCUAUUGAUGGGCUUGCCUGACCAUUCUCGAGUGUCAUCAAGAUCGAAUGAUAGGAAUCAACACGGCAAAACCGGGCUUUUUGCAGGUCAAAACAGCCAAUUGCUUUUAAAUGCUGUGAUACAGCUUGGAGACGAUCGGAACGGCAAUCAUGACGAUAUAAGAUGCGUUCAAUCAUUGAGGAACAAGAUGCGACAAAUCAAAGACUCCUAG